AUGGCUGCACCCUCUCCGGUCGCGAUAGGCACUAGAGGAACCGUAGGAUCUUUAGUGAGGAGAGAAAUUGAGUACUUCACUAAAGUCGAGUUAGAUAGAUGUGUGAGCUCCAGUAAAUCUGAGAUUGAUAUGGGUUCAAGCAGUGGUCGUUCAAGGCCUAGUUUCUGGUCCUUGAGAAUGAACUGGAAAAGAAAGAAGAGACGAGGAAGCAGCAAUGGAUUCCUUCCGAGCAUCUGCUCUGCUGUGGAAGUUGCAGAUACCAAUGGAAUUUCUGGCUUCAGCUAUAGAAUCCUCAAGAAUGAUAUGAAGGAAAUGAUUGUUUAG